AUGUGCAGAAUAGUGGAUAAGCUGUAUCCUUUGCGCGACCGAGGGGAAUGGCUAGAAUUCGAAAGAGCCUUACUUCGACGUAAAACCAAAUACGACAGAUACCCGGAGAUUAAAUGCCUUCUCCUGUUGGAAGAAAGUGUUAAGUUAACAUAUCAGAAAAGUUUUAAAGCAGCAAACAGAAAGGCAAAAGAGUGUCUAAACAUUGUAAAUAAUGAAGCAAGUGCGAUCAGUGGAGCGUUACAGGAUGUUUUGAUAGUACUUGGAAAUGUUGCUUCCGCAAGCAUAUUUCGAAGGCUGCCCAAGAAGCUGGGGAAGGCGUUUCAAUGCCUGGAAGACGCAAAGGAGAGCGGUGAGAGGUUAAAGAACGUCAAUUUAACCAUGCCUAAGUUCGCUCUCGCCCUUCUCGAUUACGAAGUGGCACGCUCGCAUAUGGCGUUCGCAACAUUGGCAAACGAUACAAAGCACUGCAACAAAGAGGCAUGCAAAAGGCUUGGUCGAUGCAUCGACAGAUGUAGGAAACUGUCGGAUGAAAGUCACUUGUACACAGCGAGACAAAGUUUUGCGCUGCUGUAUUUGGCACGUCUGUCUCUUCCAACGACUAAUUGCCAUUCCCAACCAGGUCAAUGUGAAAGAGUGAAGAAAGGGUCAGCGAGACAGGCGGAAAAGCACCUCGACGAAUAUCAUCGCAGCCAUCGUGAUCUCGAAAAUUCUCCGGUAGCUGCAAGGGUAAAGUAUUCGAUGACACGUUCAGAGCUUUGCUUCAUGAAGGGCAAUUAUGCCUCAGCCAAGGAAUUUGCAUGUCAGGCUCUUGAAAUCGCAGUGAAAUAUGGAUUUCAGCUGGAAACCGUCCCAGCCCAAAUUCAUUUGGAUCAAAUAUGUCGUCACUGUGCCUCCCCGACAAGGCAAGACAAGCUUCCAGUAGUGAAGGUUUUACCAAGUGGCCACAGCUCAUCAACUACAAGCGAUUCUGAUCGGAAGUACACUGCCUUAACUGGGUAUGAUUUGCCAGAAAUCUUUCCGGCCGCUGCGUGUGAUCCCAAACAAAAGACGAUCGAAUUCUACUUUUGCCUAAAGACACUUCAUCCCUUGCGAGACAGCGGGAACUGGAAAGUCUUUAACAGCGUUGCAGAUGGCAUCAUAAAGGGAAACCAAGGCGACCUAGCCAUCGAACUUUUAAUGGCGAUCGAAAAGAGCGUAGUAGUUAGUUAUCAGAACGAUUUGGAGAAAGCGGAAGCGAUGGUUCUAGAAGCUUUGGAAACGCUGGAGCAAACGAAAGUGGAAAUGAGCAACUUCCUUGUGACCAUGGCCCACUUGCAUUUGACUGGCUUCUACAGGCGCCAGGACAAGUACGAAAAGGCGGAAGAAGUUAUAGCGAUCGCCGAACAGAGUUCUCAUAAUGGAAACUCUCGUUUUGUCAAGGCUUUAAUUUUCUAUGAAAUGGCAAGUAACCUGACAAAAUAUGUCUCUUCCAUUCCGCUUGACCCGUCAGCACGUGAGGAAUACGUGGAACAAGCGAAGAACUAUAUGAAACAGUGCAUAGACCUCUGCAUUGAACUCGAUGAUGGCAGUGUUUACAUUAAGAAACACCUCUUUGGUCUAGUUAAGCUCGCUUUGCUGGACCUGAACUGCCGCACAAAAGUAGCCCGGUCCCAGAUCACAUGCACAAGGUCUGUUGAAGAGGCAAAGAAUUGUCUUGAAACGAUUAAAGAAAAAUAUGAAGAUGAGAUGAAGGAGGGCCUGAAAAUACAGUUCUUGGUGGCUCAGUGUGACCUAAAUUAUAGGCAGAACGAUUUGCAGGCAGCCUUGGAACAUGCCCACAGGGCUUUGGAUCUUGCUAAAGAUCAUGGAUUUAGCUUGGAAAUCACUGCCAUCAGGGAAAGAGAAGAUGAGAUUUCCAAACUGAUUGCAACAACAGAAACCAUGGAUAUGGAUUUCCCCCACUCAGAUGACCAUAUGGAUAUGGAUAUGGAUAUCCCCCACUCAGAUGAGCAUAUGGAGUCUCUGUCGAGCAAUACUGCACCAUCUCUGAGAAACUCUCCUUACUCUUCAGGCUGUGAGAUGGAGUAACAUUUUAAUUUUAAAUAUCUAUUCCUGUGCAAACAUGAGAAUUAUCUUUACAAAUCAUCAGGUAUUUCCCAAAAGUAAUUUUUAGGGGAGUAAAAUAUUUCAACACAUAUCUUGGGUAAUCAGUACAUGUAUGUUUACUUUUGUGAUCUGCAUAUAGGUGAUACAUGUACUUCCAAAAUGACAUCUAAUAAUUAUUAAUCAUAUCAGUGACAAUAUAUAUGGUUGAGAACUACAAAUUAUUCUUACACUGUUUAUCACUAUUUAAUGGUAACCAUAGAAAGUAACCAAAAAUUCCAACUUGUUUUAGCUUUCUUUUGCUUUAUUUUUUACAGCUAGUCCACCUAUGACUCUGUCAAUUUGAAAGGUGACUACCGUAAAUGUAAAAUUAGUACCCAGCUCCAUGUGAUUCCCUCUCUGAAUUAGUUUUUAAAA